CGUGCCGUGCCGGUGGCCUUCCCCUUUCGAUUCGCACUCUCUCCCUCGCACAAACGCAAACGAACCCUCUCUCCCACCAUCCUAGUGCCCCCGCCCCACCACCCGCGCAGAUCGCCGCGUACCAGCAGAGAGAGAGAGAGCGAACGCGGGUUUGCCUCCCAUGGAGAAGGGGGACGGGCCCGCCCUCCAGCUUCUGCUGUGCCUCGCCUGGCUCGCCGCCACGCUCCCCAUCCUCGCCGCCGCGCUCCCCAUCCCCGCGGCCGCCGGCGGCCGCCUCCUCCACAGCCUCCUCUCCGCCUUCUCCUCCCGCGGCAAGACCGUCAGGCCGUCCUCCUCAUCCUCCUCCUCCUCCUCCAAGGCGAAGUUCACAGUUCCACAGAAGUACUUCUUGCAUUUCUAUGUGGUGGGAGUAGCGGUGACAACAAGCUUGCUGCUUGCAAUAUGCUUCUAUGCAUAUAUGAAAAUGACACCGCUGUUGCCAGAGCCAUCGAGUUACUCCACAAUCGCUAGCCAUCUUAUUGGGUCAAAUUCGUUCUCUUUUGGCAGUGUCCUGUCGCGCACCAUGGAACACAAGUACCGUGUCUGGCGGACUGUCUUUGUACUUCUAUUGAUGGAAAUUCAGGUGCUGAGACGCCUGUAUGAGACUGAAAAUGUGUUUCACUACAGCCCAUCAGCUCGGAUGCACAUUGUAGGAUAUCUGACGGGUCUAUUCUAUUACACGGCUGCACCUUUAUCUCUCGCUAGCUCUUGUCUUCCUGAAGCAAUAGAUUUUAUCCGAGGUCAAAUAGUUGAGUUCAUAGUAAAGGGUCGUGCAAGAAUGCCAGACCUAGUCAUUGAUUCACCCUCUCUCCUAAAGCCUCUUUUAAAGUUGGGGUGGUGCCAGUGGAUAGGUGCUAUUGUAUUCAUUUGGGGAUCCCUCCAUCAGAUCCGUUGUCAUGCAAUUCUUGGAUCGUUGCGCGAAAAUAAAGAUUCUGAUGAAUAUGUUAUUCCUUGCGGUGACUGGUUUAGUCGUGUGUCUUGCCCUCAUUACCUUGCUGAACUAGUUAUAUAUUUGGGCAUGUUGAUAGCUAGUGGUGGAUCAGACAUUUCAGUGUGGUUCCUGUUCAUUUUUGUGAUAACAAACUUGUCAUUUGCAGCAGUACAAACUCAUAGGUGGUACCUCCAAAAGUUUGAAGACUACCCCCGCUCUCGCUAUGCUAUCAUUCCAUUUGUAUUGUAGCAUCUACAAGCAUUCCUUCUGUGCAGUAAAAAUCUGUGUGUUCUGGCUAGAAUGCACAAGCCCGGCAUGUAAAAGAUAUUCAUGUAAAUGUGACAGCAUGUAAGUUAAAAUGUUGUGUUGUGUGACUUGAAA